GGUGGUAUAUAUUAAUUCUUACAUCAAAAUUCGACAAGUUCAAUGAGUAUGAUGGCGAAUUUUACUCUUUUUUAUUUUCUCGUAACGGCCCUGGUUUCCCAAGUUCUGGGAAGAAUUGCCCCGACAGACCACGAGAACAAUUUGAGUUUGCAUAGAGUGAAUACAGACCUGGAAUACGAUAUUAGCAAGAAAACAAAAUCCUUCGCAUUGGCCAGUAUUGAUGAGGCGCAAUACUUACCUAGUUCGCAAUUUAUGAGGAAAGUUCUGAAAGGAGUGGCUCUUGAUUUGGCUUCUUUAAGGAAAAAUGUUAAAAAAACUCUUUUGUCUCUUGACAAUUUGUCUGGAAAAUCGGAGAUUCCAAAUUCACAAACAUCAAGCCCAGUGAAUUCUGCCCUGAAUGGUUUUGAACUCGCAUUAGAUCCAAAACCAGCAACCAAGGAUUUAAAAAAUUACAUGCCAAAUAAUCAAGCACAGAUGAGUUCUGCAAAUUUCCUAAGAAACUUUGGAAAACUUGUUGAUAAUAGUGUCUACAAUUCAGCUUCACAAUCAGGAACCAAUGUGAAUCCCUGGGCUGCAUUUUCCAAUUCUGGGCAGUAUCCACUAUACGACUCAACUUGGAUGAGUGGAAGUAAGCUUCCGGAUUUUAACACAAAUCCCAAGAAAAUUGCCUAAUAAAAUGAUCAACGCAUAUAAAAGUUAAUCAUACAAGGAAAAAAUUUUUUAAUGGAUACCUAAUUAUCUAAAUAAUUUUGGAUAGGUGUAUAUUUUUCCAAUUUAUUAUUUUUAGGCUAAAAAAUAAAAUUGU